AGGAUAUGAUUCACAUUUAAUAUGUCAAUCAGCAGGUAAAGCUAGCAGUGAUCAUAUAUCAGUAAUAACAGAAAAUAUUGAAAAAUAUAAGACAAUGACAAUAGGGGAUAAAGAGAAAGUAAUGUUAUUACUAAGAAAGGGGGUAUAUCCAUAUGAUUGGGUAGAUUCACCUGAAAAAUUUAAUGUAAAAGAACUCCCCUCAAUAGAAUGCUUCCAUUGUACUCUUGGGGGUAAUAUAACACUGGAAGACUAUGGACAUGCUAAGAUAGUAUGGAAAAGAUUCAAAUGUAAAACAUUUGGGGAUUAUCAUGAUAUAUAUCUCAAAGCCAAUGUAAUGCAACUUUGUGAUGUAUUUGAGUCUUUCUGGGAUACUGCAAUGGAAUAUUAUGAACAUUUCCAGUCUUCAUUGGAAACAUUUGACAUGGAAUUAGCAAAUUGUAGUAUUUGUAAGAAUGAUAUUAGGAGUAAUGGUGAUACUCAAAUAUGGGAUAUAUUGAGUGCACAAAAUAUUAGAUCAAUGUGUAGACAUACUGCCUAUGUAGAGCCACUGAUAAGCAAAUUGUUGUUUCUGGAU